AUGAACGCUAAAAGCAAUCCAGAAACAACCCGAAGAAAACGAGUGGAUUUAAAUUAUUCUUCGGAAAAUACUGAAACAAACUCGGAUUUGCCUUCUGUCCUUGAAUCUUUUCAAAAAUUAUGUGAUCAUUUGAAAAGUGAAGAAGAGUUAUUGGUUAUGCAAACAUUUUGUCAUGAUUAUAUUGAAAAAUUAUUACAACAACGAAAUGAAGAAUUGGAAGCUCUUUCCGAUGAACUGGAUCAAGAAUUCGAACGACAUGUUGAGAAUGAUCAUGUCAAUGACCAAGAUGAAAACUCCGAUGAAGAGGAUGACACCUCUCCCAACGAUGAUGAACAAAUCAAGAAUGCUCACUUGGCUAUCAAAUCCAAUUUAAAAACACUGCAAAGCAUCAAACAUUUCAUUCGUGAAAAAUUACCCAAUACCAAUGCCUAUGCACCCAAUGAGAGAUUUUACUUUCCAGGAGAAGUCUCUACAAGUGUUGAAAAUAGACAAUUUGAUGGCUACACGCGUUCAAACACCAUUCAUAUGGACGGUUUUCUGUAUGACAAUGAUGAAAUGAAUGAAUUAUUUCGACGUGGAGAGGUUCCACAAUUUUAUUGUGAAAAGUGUAAUUCAAGUAGUCACAUUAAGGAGAUGAAUAUUAUUUCACAUAGUUUCUCAUUGGACGAAUUGGCUUUUAUCUUCUCUUCCAACUGUAUGAAUAAGGAUUUUUGGAUUCGAAAUCGAAUUCUGGAGAAGAUUAAAUUGAGUUUAGGUAUUACGAAUUUGAAGGCACAAAAGGAUGACUACAAACUCUUGACCAGAAAAAAUAUGAAGGAUCAUGGUAUUGUACUAAUGGACGUUGGAAGUAGGUUAGGUUCUGUCCUCUACUAUGUCUACUUAUUUAUUGAUCCACUCUCUGUGAAGCAGCUCAUUGGUGUGGAAAUUAACGAAUUUUUUGCCAAACUUCAACAAGAGACUGUCACAAAAUUUAAAAUGGGAGAGAAGAUCAAAAUUCUGAAUUCAGACAUCAUGCAAGAGCAAGAUCUUGUGAAGCAAUGUGAUAUUUUGGUCAUGCACAAUGUUUUUGAGUGGUUCUUUUCUCAGAAGGAAAAUCAAGAGAUUUGGAAAAGGCUUAAAACAGAGUUUUUGACACGAAAGGGGCUUCGGCUCAUUACGUGUCCUUCCAUACAGCAGUCCCUGGAUGAUGCUGCCCUCACCGAUGUACUGUCCAUUGAUGGAUGGUUAAAGGAAAUUCCUCUCAAUUAUCCUGAUGACGAAACGACAGGCGAAAAAUUGUACACUGAAAUCCACAUGUACGAAGUUUUAUAA